AUGUGUGAAGGAUGGGAUGACCUACCAACCGAAUUGCUUCUUAUGAUUAUGUCUCAUGUGGAAGCAAAGGAACUAGCAAGACUUAUUAAUGUCAAUUAUCACUGGAAAUGUGUUGGGGAAGAUGAUUCACUGUGGAAGAAUCUAUUUUUUAGAGAUUAUACUCGAAGUAGGAAAACUUAUAUAAAGGUUUGUAAACGUUGGAUCGAUGAGUACAAACUAUUAAAAUUUGAAUCACCAGUAGCUCUUACCGAAAGUUUAAGAGACUGUUCUAAUGGCUUAUCACAUGUUGCCUUUUCUAGUGAUGGUCAAUUUUUCUGUACUACAGCUAAUGAUGCCUCUUUUAAGAUUUGGACAGCAACAAGUCCCGUAUAUUUGUUAGACGAAAGGUAUCUAGACAAUAGUCUUGGCUGGGAGCGUGCUCUCAGUUGUCAGUUCAGUACUGAUAAUAAACGACUUCUUGUAACUGGUGUGAAAUUCGGUGGUAGUGGAGAAAUCGCAAUGUACUCAAUUGAUGAAGAGAGCUUAUCAAUACAUUACUUAUGUCGUGUACCAAACAAUCCACUUGAAGUGGGAGCUUGCUGGUACAAUAGCUCAUAUAUAUUUAGUGGUGAUUUACAUCUUUUUAACCGCGACACCAUCGUCGGUUCAUCAGUGUCACAAAUUUGGAUUUGUUCGUCUUUAUCACCCGAUGAAGUUGGUGACGAAUCUGUUAUGAGUAAUGUUUUUCGAAUUUUAAAUAGAAACGGAGCAUACUGUCAAAUGAUUACGUUGAGUCAAUUUGUUCCAUCUAGACUUCGAGGCGUCGUACUUCUUGCUGCAAAGGCUGCUGUUGAAAAGAAAACAUUGGCUUCUAAAGCAAAUGAACUCGUUAGCCAAGAACUGAGUGAAAGUGAGAAAAGGAACGAAAUGAAGAAGAGAAUUGAAGAAAUUAGUGCUGAUUGGGAAACUAAAUGCUCAAGUUGCAAAAGUUGGCACCUUGUGAAUGAUCAUGUUGAAAUUUAUGAUAAUUCCUCUGAAUAUAUUAUGUGUUGUUCAUGUUUUUGCCAUGAAAAUGAUCAUCGCUUAUUAAUUUAUGCAACCGGAGAUAGUGAGUACGCGCUACCACACUGCGUCGCAUUCAAAAUUGUUGAUGGAAAUAUGAUCGCACAAAAAAUAAAUCCGGAAGUGAAUUUUCAAUCGAAAGAACAAAGUAGGUCAUCAGAUUGUCAUAAUCAGAACUUAGAAUUCGAAGUUGCGCAACUGAGGGCAAUAAUGUCAAUGGUUGACCUCCCAGAUCACGUGAUAGAUGUGAAAGCUCAUAUUAUGGGCAUGACAUUGAGUUUAGAUCAAAAGCAAGUCCCUUUGUCUCAAUAUUUAUACGUAAAUGUUACACACGACAGUUACCCUCGCAGUUCGCAGUAUGCGUAUCUGAAACUCUUUGAGGGUGAAGUUUGUGUUAUCAAUCUAUCUACAAUGACAUUCGAGAAAUCAUAUUUUGGUCAUCACGCUUCUAGAGUUGAACGGUUCAACUGUUCUGUUGGUGGACACUUUGUGGCAAGUGCGUCACUUGACGGUGGAAGAAUUUGGUCGCGUGAAUAUCACUGCGUUAUAGGAGAGUUGCCACAUGCUGGCGGUGCUGCAGCUGUCGCACUAAAUCCAGUAAACGGUAGCAUGGCAGUAUCAGUCGGUAAAACUGAUGGUAAAAUUAAGAUAUGGCGGAGUAAAAAGUCCAUAGUUACUUAUGAAGUGCCUAACGACUUUAUGUGA